AUCGUUUUUCGCUGGAAAAACUCCAUUACCCGUCAGCCUUUUAAUUAUUGUUGAAAGUCACGAGGUCCAAGAGUGGAGUGUGAGGGAAGGAUUGUGUUUGUCUUUCUUAGCGAGUACAUCCAACAUUAUCUCGUUUUUGAAUUCUCACUGUCGAAACAUCAAGAGUUACCGCAGACGGGAAAAAGCCGCCCGCAAUGGGGAAACGGAAUUAACUGCAGCACAGCAACUGACGCUUUCCUUCGCCCAGCAAGUUCAACAUGAUGCCCAUGACAUUUGAGGCUUCAAGUAGCGUGACGCUGCUGUUUGACUUCUGGCAUGUGAACAGCCCUGGAGGUAUGUUUUUGUCAGUGAUCGUGGUCAUGCUGCUGACAGUCUUCUACGAGCUGCUCAAAGUGUGGAGGUUGUGGCUCAGCAGGAGCACGGUGCCGGCUCAGUAUAUGACUCCUAAUGGCGGUGCGCCGUCCCGCCGGAGCGACAGCAGUUCCGUUUUGGAAAACAGCCCAUCAGAAGCCUCAUUGACUCCCAGAGAAUCACAACCUUUCUUUCCAAACAACAGGGGCCGCCGGUUGCUACAUGGAAUCCAGACACUGCUCCACUUGCUCCAAGUGACGUUGGGCUACAUGCUGAUGUUGUGCGUCAUGUCCUUCAACGUUUGGAUCUUCCUCGGCGUCAUCGCAGGUUCCACACUGGGUUAUUUCAUCUCAUACCCUCUGCUAGAUUGGCAUUGAUGGACAGUGCAACCCGGGGCGCGUUCUCACAAGAAUUAAAAUGAUUUUUUUUCCCCGUGGACGCUCACUAUGCUGUGCUAACACGACUUGGGUUGUUCGGUGUGAAAGAAAUGUCAUGUUAAAGUCCUAAUAGCUACUUGAGCUUAAAACCAAGUUGGCGAAGAUCAGUCUAAUCAUUCACAAAAGGAGCUCAAAGGGAGUAGAAGAAUUAUGAUCAACAAUGACUUCAUGAUCUUGAUAGAUUAACACUGUGAGUAUACAGAAAGGUCUGAUUACGAUGUAACCUAUGCUAAUUGCAUUGCAUCCCAGUCUGAACACUAAUAUGUUUGAUUAAAAUAAAAGGGAAAAAAAAGCUAUGAGAAAUGUAAAAUUGUCUGUGAUUCAAAAGCCAUUUCAUCUUUGCUCAAUAAAGCUGAGUUUACUUGGA